AUAAAACUUUGGUAAUGGAAAGUGUUGAAAUCAUUAAGCCUAAUAAGGAAAGAAAGAAAUCAAUUCUCAAUCAGGAUCUCUCUAAAAAGGAGCUAAACCAAGCAACCCAGUUAUCAACCAGAAGCACAAGGACCAACACUGGCUUUCUCAAACCAGGCCAAAAGCUCCGUUACAAAGACUUUUUAACCAAAGAAAGCAUCUUAUCUCCUUAUAAAUAAUCCUGACGGUUCCAAUGAGUAUAACUCAGGAAGUCAGAAUGCAAAAUUGCCUAAUCCCAAGCUUAACAGAACAGUUUUAAAGAAGAUCAAUAACUUCAGGAAAAACAGAAACAUAGCCGACUACAAGGGAGUUAAAAAUAUUUUGCAAGGGAGUAUAGACUCGGUCCAGGACCAUAAUAUGUCCUUUGAAAAUAGAGAGCGUAUAAAUUCGCUGAUUCAAAGAAGGUACUCUACGAAUAGGUCUAUUAGAAAUAAUAAGGCCUUUAAGUCUCCUGAUCUUGUCCUCUCUCGUGCAAAAGGAAAGUCUAGAAGAGGUCUAUCUAGUGAAAUUGAUUACUCAGAUAUCCAGUCAAUCAAGACCACAAUCACAGGGUUUUCCCAAAAAUCAGCUGGCUCGAAGCGAACCCCGCAUCUAAAAUAACACCUUGAACAAAUCAAACUUGUCAAAACUACCUGCUCCAAAAUUCUCAAAGAGAAAGAACUUUAGUAAAAUUGGGCUAUUUUCUGACUUCCGGUCCAAACUAAGUUAUUUCUCUAUGAACUCAAGGAAAUCUCUGUGGGAUAUCAAGACACAUGUUAAGCAAGACCAUUGGUUCGAUGAUAAUGCAUCCAAGAAGGCCCUGCCUGAGAAAAUCAGUUAUACCUGACACAAGUGUCGAAAGAGAGUCGAGGUAGAUCACACUGGGGUCAUGGAAUACCAGCAGUUCUUGCUUCUUAAGGAAUUUCUGUCGUAUAUAUUCUCCCACAGCAAAGGAGAAUAUGAAGAAUCUCUCCCUGUUACCAAUAACUGAAAAGAGUGCAUAAUUGAGCAAUAUUUUGACGACGAUGAAGACGUUUUCAAUGAUUUGAUGAAAUACAUUACCAUUAAUGAGGAAAAAUCCAGAAAGAAGGAAAAGAGCUCUGAAUCUAGAGAUAAGCUCAACCAAACUGUGGCUCUGCCCGUGAUAAAACCGGAGGAAUUUCCGAUUCCUAACAGAAUUAUUGAAGCAAAGCGUGCCAAUAAUGAGUACUCUGAAGAUUUCCCCUUAAAAGUGUUGCCUAAUAAUUUAUACAAGAAGAUUCAGAUCUUAACUCAAGGGGAUCCCAAUAUUAGUAGGAAGUUGAAGGAUAAAAUAGAGAAAUGGUACUUUACUUACCCAGAAUCAACAAUGAAGGAUGCUUUCAAGCCCCAACCACUGAAGUUCUUGAAUGAGACUAAGCUAUACAGCAGGAAGAAGAACGAAUUUUCAACUUAUGUGAACGCAUACUUCAAAGGAGGGGUUAUUGAUAGACCUUUGCUAGAUCCUCAGAACAGGUUCAUGAAAAUCCAGAACCAGCUGGGUGAAAAUUAGAUUACUGAGAAAUAAUUUCAAUAAUUUUUACAAAUAAAG